GCAAAAUGCCCCAUUGGUCGCACUUGUCAAAUUUGCAUGACUUUCCUCCGUUGGUCGUAUGAUACCUUGCCACCUUUCAAAGAUUACUUAAUUAUGCACUUGGGAAAUUACAGGUAUUAUCUAUGGGAACACUAUGACUGAUUGUUUAGAUUUUAAAAUCCAAUGGAGCUGGGCAAACGCAACUACCUAGACCAGCUGACUCCUAACGCCGGGUCAUGCAUUCAGCAACCUAUCUUCGAUCUUCGGUUGACCCAUGUCCUCGGGUUGCUUGUCAUAUUCCAUCUCAUCCACCCGACUGGGCUUAUAAAACUUGGAACUCUCCAUGGCGGCAGGAUGGUACAAGCCCUUUUUGACGAGGUCUAUUUUGUUUUCGGCGAGACCUGCACUAUGUGCAUUUUAUCACCUUCAGAGGACGGAUGGCUGGAUGAACUCACCAGUCCGGAAAAGCCCCUCCGUGGCCAUCACACACCGAAGUAUACACCAGGGAACCACCUCUGCUUCAGCUUCUUGAGGGCUGUUUUGAACCCUGACUUGAGGACUCUCACACAAUUGUGCGAACGGGGCCCGGCGCUCUUACAGGGCAAGAGCUUGGUAUGCGUACGCGACCUUGGGUGUAACAUCAGUAUUGGUUAAGGAGCACUCCUUGGUUGUCUGAGUGUGGAGAGCAAUUCCAGACAUUAGAUCUUCGGCGUCGGAACCACCAGGGA